AGCCGUAGGCUCAAUCUUGAAGUGUCUGGUGUUGCCAACGUCCGCGUUCGCCCCUCUCGGUCGCACCAGCUAGGAGUUGCCUCCGAACACCAGGGAGUAGUGACACCAAUGGCGCGCUUCGGCGGCAGGGUCCUGCCUGCGGCCUUCGUCGCGCUCGCGCUUGCCAGUAUCUGCUGCCUUCCCAGCUGCUUCGUGCCGGCGGUGGACCGGCGGGCCGUCCUCGCAGCCGCGGCGGCGGCUGCCGUUGCUGGGCAGCAGCAGCAGGCGGAGGCCGCGCAGGCGAGGUUCUCCGUGUUCGGGUUUGACGGGAGCGGGAAGGGCGCCGUGUCAGACGCCUACCAGCAGAUCGACCCCGACGCGAUCUCGCCUUACUCGCAGUUCAGCAACCCCAAGGACUCCGAGUACACAAACAACAAGGACCUACAAGAAAAGCUCUACGCAAAAAACAAGGCCAGGGUGAUCGAGUACGUGUCGAUGCUCGACAAGGUCCCCGAGUUGAUUCAGAAGAAGCAGUCCGAGAAUCUGAAGAGCCUGCUGACCACCAAGCUCUACAGCCUCCGCGAAGUCAUGGAGUACGUGACCAGUAAGGGCGCGCCGUUCUACCGCAAGAAUGACGCAGCAGGCAUGAAGGAGGCCGACCUCUUCUUUCAGGAUCUGGCUGACCUCGGCGUGGCGGGCCGGGAGAGGAAUUGGGGCUGGGCGGCUGAGUCGUAUGACAAGGCCAAGGGCAGCUUCCUGGCGUGGAAGAACGUGGUGGGGAUCUGAGCUGCCUGGGCAUGCUUCUGGGUGUCAGCCGCCUCCCGAGUCUGCCAAUGUCAGGUUGACAUGGUCAGCUGGGAAAGGGCACAGGGAGUUCGGUCGAUAUUCUUCCGUCAGGAUCUACGCAGCACGCAUCGGGGAUGGUGAUGUACCGUUCAUUGCUUCCGAGCGUGCUAGAUGCACCUGAUAGUCAGCAGGAGUAUGCAUUUUUUCAAGUUGCCCGCAGCAUGUGGACAGCGGGCGCGACGAGGCAACAAAACGUGCGCCUCUGGAGUCUGCCCGCACCUCGCUUCUUACGGCAGAUCCUCAGCAGACGCCUUGAGUAAUCCGCUUGCAGUCCAUCCUUGAAGAGGCCGCGCUGCAUCUGGCAGUGUGGUCCGCGUAUUCCAAUUAGGACAGCGGGUGGACCCCAAACAGCGGCUCUGUGCAUUCUUUUGGGUGCCGAAUCCCUGCUAUCACACAUGAAAAAA